AUGGGAGAAUAUGUAAAAGCACUUUCAGCUUAUGAAAAUGCAUUGAAAAUAGAAGAGAAAUCUCUUUUAAUAGAUCAUCCUAAAGUAGCUGCUACAUAUAAUAAUCUUGGAUCAAUACAUAACAAAAUGGGAGCAUAUUCAAUAGCAUUAUCAUGUUUUGAAAAAUCAAUUCAAAUUACAAAAAAGUUUUUGCCAUCAAUACAUCCUGAUUUGAGUGUAACUUAUAGCAAUAUUGGGCUUGUCUAUCAAUCUAUGGGAGAAUAUACAAAAGCACUUUCAUAUUAUGAGAAAACAUUGUCAAUCGACGAACAAUCUCUACCACCCGAACAUCCAACAGUAGCUGUUACCUAUCUUAAUAUUGCCUCUGUUUAUACAUUAAUGGGAGAAUAUUCAAAUGCAGUGAAAUAUUAUGAAAAAGCAAUAAAAAUUCAGGAUAAGUCAUUAUCACCUGAUCAUCCUGCAUUAGCUACGAGCUAUAAUAAUCUGGGUGUGGUUUAUAAUAAAAUGGCAAACUAUUCAACAUCACUUAUCUAUCAUGAGAAAGUUCUUAAAAUACAAUUAAAAUUAAUUCCAAUGAAUUAUUCAACAUUAGCAGUUACUUACAAUAAUCUUGGACAUUUGAGUGAUGCUCUUGGAAAUUAUUCUCAAGCGCUAUUAUACUAUGAAAAAACACUUGAUAUGCAACACAAAUCAUUCCCACCUGAUCAUCCUGACUUUGCAAAUACAUAUAACAAUACAGCCUCAACUAAUAAUUCAUUAGGAGAAUUUGAUAAAGCACUUGAAUAUUACAGAAAAGCACUUGAAAUUCAAGAAAAAUCAGAAUCACCCAAUCAACAAUUAUUAGCUGAUAUAUAUUCUAAUAUUGGUUUAGUUUAUCAAUCAUUAGACGAACAUCUAAUGGCAUUGCCCUAUUAUGAAAAAACACUAGAAUUACAGCGACGAUGUCUUUCCAAUGAACAUCCAUCGUUAGCUAUCACCUACAAUAAUAUUGCUUCAGUUCAUAAUUUAACAGAAGAAUAUUCAAAAUCACUUGCAUAUUAUGAAAAAGCACUUGAAAUUCAAUUGAAAUCAUUACCAUCAGUUCAUCCUGAUUUAGCAACUACUUAUAGUAAUAUUGGUAUGGUAUAUCAAUCAAUAGGAGAAUAUCAUAAAGCAUUGUCAUAUCUUGAAAAAGCACUUGAAAUCGAACAUAAAUGUCUUCCACCCAAUCAUCCUUCGUUCAAUAUUACUCAUUACAAUAUAGCUGAAGCAUUCGAAUAUCUCCAUCGAUAUGAAGAAGCCAUUCAACAUGCACAAUUAGCUGUCGACAUUGCACGUCAAUCUUUUGAUUCUGAUCAUGAUGAAGUUUUAGAAAACGAAGCACUUCUCCAUCGUAUACAACAGAAAUUAAAAGAAACAUCACAUACAAAUGUUUAG